GCGCAAAAUGAGCAGCUGUCAGAGUUUACCAUAUACCUUACUACAAAUUUCAUACGUGACAACCAAAUAAAUAAUGUACUCCAGGUACACUAUGCCCAAAAACAAAAACAAAAAAAAACAGGGUAGUCGCGGCUGAAAUGUUCAAAGCGAUCACUCCUACUCGAUAAACACUGAAACGGCAAACGGCUUGCAAAUCUGGCAACCACUUCUAAUCUAUGUUUUAAAUAAGAUUAUUUAAAGUUUAUCUGAUUUGUAAUCUGGAUUAAUUAGGUUUAUCAUAAAUAUUGUUGUGCUGUGAUGUCACUGCUAAUAACGAAAAGAGCUGCCCUGUACGGCAAUUGUUGUGUCUGGACCUUGUUUAACUGUUACUGUUUUGGGACCAUGUACUGAAUGAAAUUUUGAAUUGAUGGUAAAAACAAGAGACAAAACCCACCUUCAGUGCCUUCAAAAAGGAAAUCUUUCAAAAGUUCUGAACUAAAUCUCUUACCAAAUAUAGAGAAACAGAACCUUGGACGUAGAUAAAUACAAAGUUUUCAUUAUGAACUUUUAAUUUGAUUUUUUUUAAAAUAAAUUCUAUGCAAUAAGAUCUGGUGAUUGGGUGUCUGAAAAAAUGGUUUUAAUUAGGAUAAUUUUAUUAUUCUUGACAUUUGGAAAUGUAUGCAUUGCUGUAUAUUGUCCUGAAAACUGUAAUUGUUUCAAGAACUUUGGGCUUUUAGAUUGUUCAAAUACAUUUAAAACUAUUAUACCAGAUAAUAUUGAUUCACCUAAAUUUAUUACAGAGUUAGUCCUAAGAGGCAAUCAAAUCAAACAACUAAAUGUUGAUCUGCAUCAAUAUAGCAGUUUAACAUAUUUCGACAUUUCCUCUAAUGGUCUGAUCAAUAUUGAAGACAAUUCUUUUGAGCACAUGGGAAAACUGCACACAUUGAUCAUGAGAAAUAACCUUUUAUCGAAUCUAAACAACAAAACACUUUAUGGUUUAAAGAACUUGGUGUCUUUAGACCUAAGUCAAAAUCAUUUGACUGUUUUACUCGACAAUACUUUCCAGUAUUUUCCCAAACUACUUGAAUUGAAUCUAACUGGAAAUUUUAUUCAUAGUAUAAGUGGCAAUGCCUUCAGUGGUCUCUAUGCAUUGGAUAGUUUGCAUCUGACAUCUAACAGAUUGAUGGCUAUUCCUGUUGUGGCUUUCAAAAACGUUAAACAUUUACGGUUUCUUAACUUGGAAGGCAAUAACAUACAUCACUUACUCAAUUAUAGCUUUUGUAACAAUUCAAUGCUUGCAGAUAUUAAUAUUGCAAAUAAUGAUUUGAAAAUAAUUGAAGACAAAGCAUUCAGCGGGUUAGAGAACUCUUUAGAAUCCUUAGACUUGCAUCAAAAUUAUUUACCUGUUGUACCUACACAAGCAUUUCUUCAACUUGAACAACUUUCAAAACUUGACCUCGGUGCAAAUAGGAUAAGUGUUAUUGCAUCAAAUUCGUUUUACAAUUUAUCUCAUCUUGAAGUUUUAUAUCUAAACGAUCUUAAUGACUUAACAAAAAUCAAUGGUCUAGCUUUUAAUCUUACCCAUUUAAGAGUGCUCCACAUUGCUUUCAACCCACUUUUAAGAUACAUACACCCAAAAGCACUCUAUAAUUUACCUGCUUUGAAAGUUGUUUAUUUAAAUAAUAAUGGAAUACAUAAAUUUCCCAAACAUUUUCUUCCCUGGGAGAAUUUGGAAACUCUUGACAUGAGUGGAAAUUUUAUUGAUUGUGAUUGUGAUGCACAAUGGCUGCUAGAUGUUUUUAAUGAAAUUAGUAAUAAUAAAAAGAAUUUCAUACAAAAAUCAUUACGCUGUCGUUCACCCAAACAUCUUCUGGACCUACCGGUUUCGACAUUAAAGCCUUCUGAUUUUCAUUGUCAUAAAUUAGCAUAUGGCUAUGAUGCUAAACACCAUAAUAAAACAUUAGUUGUUGUCAUUCUUAGUGUAUGUUCUACUGUGGCAACAAUUCUAAUUUUAUUCAGUCUCUGGCAUUUUAGAGUGAAAAUAUUUCCCAUUGCAGAAUGGCAGUCUAACUAUACGAGACAAAAGAACAUUCUCACAGAUCCUCAGAAUGAGGAAGACAGCCUUUCUGCUGAUACUGUAGCAUAACUUAAGAAAUAUCAGACAUUAGUUGGGGAGACGAAGAGAUUGUUGACGACAAAGGUGACAGUUGUUCUUGUGGUAAUUGGUGCACUUGGCACAACACGCAAAAUGCUACCUAAGUGGCUGAAGGAUACAGGAAUUGAGACUUGCAUUGUCGACCUGUAAGAAUCUUAAGAAAGAUUCUUGAGAUUUGAGAAGACUUGUUGUCAGCAAACUUCAAGUAACAUCCAUAUUAAUUAAAUUAGCAUAUAACUUUUGAAUAAUAAUAAUUAUGACAUUAUUAUAAUUAUUAUGGAAGGUGGUGAACUGGCAGAAUCAUUAGUGUGCUGGACAAAAUGCUUGGAGGUAUUUCGCCCUUCGCUAUGUUCUCAGUUCCAUCUCCACCAAGGUUGACUUUACCUUUCAUCCUUUCAGGGUCGAUACAAUAAGUACCUAUUUCUUUACUACCCACAAGGGGCUAAACACAGAGGGGACAAAUAAGGACA